AUGGCGCACGCUGCUGGGUUCCCCGUGGUUGAGUCGGUUCUCGACGUGACUAGAGAACCGUAUAGGUCGAAUCGAGAAGCAUGGAAGCCGGUAAUGGAGGAAUUCUCCCAGAACCUGAGGAGGACAACGUCUGAAGGCAACCCCCAAGCCAUCGACAAACAUGAGAAGAGGGGACAAUUACUGGCAAGAGACAGGAUAUCGCUGCUGUUAGACCCCGACUCGUCAUUCCUUGAACUGGGCACUUUUACCGGCUUCGACUUGGACGACUCCAGCCCCUGUGCCAGUCUCCUGGCUGGCAUUGGGAGCAUCAGCGGCCGCAUCUGCCUCGUUAUUGCACACAUCGCAACACAAAGUGGCGGCGCAUGGAACGAGUUGACGGUGAUCAAACAAAACAGAGUGACCGAAAUCGCCAGCGAGAAUGACCUACCGCUCGUCGCUCUUGUGCAGUCUGCAGGGGUCUUUCUGCCGCAGCAAUUUCGUGUUUUCCACAAGGGCGGGCAGAUUUUCCGUGAUCUCGCCAUGCGAACCCAGAAUGGCCACGCUUCCUGUGCGAUUGUUUUCGGCUCUUCGACAGCAGGCGGUGCCUACCAUCCUGGGCUCUCAGAUUACACCAUUUUUGUCGAAAACCAAGCGCAAGUUUUUCUCGCAGGUCCUCCUCUGGUCAAAAUGGCUACCGGGGAAAACAUCGUUGCGGAAGAGCUGGGAGGAGCUCGAGUUCAUGGGACUGUUACCGGCCUUGCAGAUCAGAUUGCCUUUGACGAGUUUGAUGCUGUCCGGAAGGCUCGCGAAUGGGUCAGCACACUAUCACAGCGGAAUCAACCAGCUCAGCCCAUGCGUCCUCCGCUUGCGCCGCGUUAUCCAAUCGAGGAUAUAUUUUCCAUAGUUAACCCUGACGUCCGGAAACCGUUCGAUAUGAAAGAAGUGGUUCUUCGAUUGGUUGACGAGUCACGUUUGGCCGUGUUCAAGCCAGAGUAUGGCAGCAAUCUGUUGACAGGGUGGGCCUAUAUCAUGGGGAUGCGUGUCGGGAUAAUUGCAAACCAGACACCCAUCAUCAACCCAGACGAAGCAUCGAAAGGAACGCAGUUCAUUCGCCUAUGCAACCAACAGAACACCCCGAUUGCCUUUCUCCACAACGUGACGGGCUUUAUGGUCGGCUCGAAGGCUGAGCAUGCCGGCAUCAUCAAAAAGGGGGCGCAGUUUGUAUCCGCGGUUAGCUGUUCAAAGGUACCACAUAUCUCCAUCAUCUUAGGGGCAUCAUAUGGAGCAGGCAACUAUGCUAUGUGUGGAAGGUCAUAUCGGCCGCGUUUUCUGUUCACCUGGCCGACUGGACGGUGCAGCGUCAUGGGGCCAGAACAGCUGUCUGGGGUGAUGGCUCAAGUUGAAGCGAACAGUGCCCGAAGCAAAGGAGUGGUUCUCAAGCCCGAGGAGGUGGAAGCCAGAGUGCAGCGACUGCAAAAGGAGGUCCAAAGGGAUAGCAGUGCGUAUCGCACAAGCGCCUACAUGCUUGAUGACGGAGUGAUUGACCCUCGGGAUACUCGCGACGUGCUUGCAAUGUGUCUAGAAGUCGUGCAAACCCCGGGAGUGCAAGGGAGUGCAGGCCACCGGGCGUUGGCAAGAAUAUAAUGUGACAUGGCACUGAGGAUGAAAUUGGGGGAGAAGCUGGAAAGUGGGCGAGAAGCGAAGCUGAGGAGCUGU